AUGGAAAUUCAAUUUGAGGAACCAAAGAAGAGUUUGAGACCAAAAAGGAGCAACACAUUCAAAGGUGGAAACAAAAAGAGUGAAAGAAAAAACAAGUUUGUUGGGGUGAGACAAAGGCCAUCAGGGAGAUAUGUUGCUGAGAUUAAGGACACAACACAAAACAUAAGAAUGUGGCUUGGAACAUUUGAGACAGCCGAGGAAGCCGCGAAAGCUUAUGACGAAGCCGCGACACUUCUUCGUGGCUCCAACACUCGCACCAACUUCGUCACACAUGUUUCCUAUGAUUCUCCUCUCGCUUCUCGGAUUAAAAAUCUUCUUAACAAUCGAGAAAAAGAUAUUGAAAAACAAGUAGAAGAAGAUUUGAAGGUCAGAAACAAUACAACGAAUCAUGAUAACACAAUUAAUAGUAAUACUAAUAGAAUCAGUAUUAGUAACACCACUAAUAGUGCUAACACGAUUAGUGGUUCUACUAAUAAUAUUGGUGCUAGCUGCGUGACUAACACUAGUAUUACUGUUAGUAGCACCACUAACACGUCUGAUAUUGUUAGUGGUACUACUGAUAGUACUGGUGGUGCUAACAGCGUGACUAGCACUAGUACUACUUUAAGCAACAACAAUAUUGAUGGAAACAUUGGAAACUCGAUUUUUAGUGUGAUGACAAUGCAAAGCACAAGAUUAUUCGAUGAUGCAUAUCGACCCGAUAUGAGCAAUUUCAAUGAGUAUGAGUCAAGUUACAAUAAGUCCAAUGUUUCAUGGGAUUUUGGACCUAUUUUUGAUAACUUUCCUAUUGGUCAAGGGUUGGACAUGGUUGAUGAAUUAGGAGUUUCAGAAUUUGAAAGGAUGAAAGUUGAAAGACAAAUAUCAGCUUCACUUUAUGCAAUUAAUGGUGUGCAUGAGUACAUGGAAAAUUUUCAAGAUUGCAAUGAAGCUCUAUGGAAUCUUUCACCCUUUUGCUCAUUUUUAUGUUCAAACAAUACACAUCAAAUUUAA